CUCCUGUAUGACUUCCUGCUUACAUACUUGGUCUUCAUGUCAACCAAUGAUUUAUGCCAAGCUCUCCUAGGACACUACUGUUCCAAGCGCAGUCCACUUUGUGAGGACAUGACUACUGUCCUGCUCAGGAAACGUAAGAUCCUGAUGAUUGUGUCCCAGUGGAACGCUCUCUACAAGAACUUCCUCCGAGACAACGAGUACAUCAACCUGUUCAUGAAGAGUCUGUAUCGUUGUGUGCUGGAUGACAUCUAUGAGUUUCCUCCUCUGGAGAAGGACCUGAAAGACAUCCAGAAGCUUCUCUCCAUACAGCGCAGGCACACUGUGGAUAAGUUUUCACCUCAUCAAAAGAGCAAAGUAUUACACAAACAACUCAGUGCUAAGGAGAGCUGGCCUCAUCUCAGACCCAUGCCAAGAGAGGAGAGGGAGGUGCUGUACCGUAUGUAUGUGAGUGAGGACUCCUACAUCAGUGUUAAGGCGCAGAGCUCCGUCAGAGCACAGCAGCUGCUGUCACUGUUGGCUGAACGACUGGACUGCCCUCAGGAAGACAUGGUGCUAGCUGCUCUGACCUACUCUGGAGAGAAGGUGCUGUUUCAGCCUGAAGACAGUGUUUUCCCUGAUUGCCUCUCACCUGGAGAGAGACUGCAGGUGUACAGGAAAGACCUGACUACAGUUAUGAUCCCCCUGACUGAUAAUGGGCAACAACAGCAGAGGACUUCACACUUGCUUGGCCUAAACGCCUGGGAUGUGGCUGUCACCCUAACCAGCUUCGACUGGAGUCUCUUUCAUUGUCUACAAGAGCCAGAGCUGAUCUGCUUCACCUGCAGCCGUGAUGCCUAUGUUGGCCACACGGGGGCGAUGGAGAGGCUGCUGCAGCGCUGCAAUGAAGUCCAGCUUUGGGUGAUGACCCAAGUGCUGCUCUGCACCUCACUCUGCAAGCGGGUGCAGCUUUUGAAGAAGUUCAUCAAGAUUGCAGCUCAUUGUAACGCUCAGAGGAAUAUGAACUCCUUCUUUGCCAUCAUUAUGGGCCUCAAUACAGCUGCUAUUAGUCGCCUGAGUCAGACAUGGGAGAAAGUUCCAGGGAAAUUCCGGAAGCUGUUUUCGGAGUUGGAGACCCUGACAGACCCUUCCCUCAACCACAAGGCGUAUAGGACUACCUUCAAGAAGAUGAAGACCCCUAAGCUUCCGUUCCUGCCUCUGCUGCUUAAAGAUAUUACUUUCAUUCAUGAGGGCAACGAGACAUUUCUCAACAACCUGCUCAACUUUGAGAAGCUGCACAUGAUAGCCGAGUCAGCGCGCUUGAUUAAACAGUGUCAGCUGGAUCCCAUGGGAGACGCACCGAGACAGAAGGACAACCCAGACAUGACCUGCGUCAAAUACCUGCACGUCAUCAGCAGCCAGGAGACACUCUUUGACCUAUCCCACAGGCUGGAGCCACGGCCAUAGUUGGACUCUCUCUCUCUGUGUGUGCGUGCGUGUGCGUGUGCGUGUGCGUGUGCGUGUGCGUGUGCGUGCGCGCGCGCGCGUGUGUGUGUGUGUACUGAGAGAUAUAUCUGUACAUUAUUACACUGAGUGGCAGAGUGUUUCUAUAGAUUGCCUAUUUUGGAGGACUAGUACUGAUUCAUGUCUGACCCCCCUGGUAUUUGUGCAAUUCUACACACAGGGAACACCAGUCCAAUUCAGCACCUAGCUGAAGUUGUCCUGUAUUUUGUUACAGACUACAUGGUACAAAUCAGUGGCUGCGCAUCGUGUACACUCUAUGUGGAUGACGAUAUGUUUUUUUCUCUUUGUAUUGCCGAAAUGAAAUAGUCAAAAUACAAUUAGGCAGCUUAGAGUAGCCUAUGAAGUGAUCUUUUUGUCAUAUAGAAAGAUUAGCCUGUAGCUAUGGACAAUCACAAACAGCUAUAGAUGAUGAAGUCCUAUACUUAUCACAACCUGUGGAUUACUGAGAGCAAUGUAGGAAAUACAAUGAAAAAUUCAAGCUUAAAUCUAGAAUAAAGUGUGUGUGUGUGUGUGUGUGUGUGUGUGUGUGUGUGUGUGUGUGUGUGUGUGUGU